GUUGCGCCGAUCGGAAUUCCGACGUUCCGAGGUACUUUUUAGCAAGGCAGCACGCAAGGGGUCGAGAACAAGCGGCACGCCCCUAAGAUAGGGAGGAAGAGACAGAUCGCUCACAUAAAUAAAAAAAAUAGCCACAGCCACGAGCAUAACCCCGAAUGUGAGAAGUCCCGUGCCAGAGCUCCCGGGGCUGACAUGGCCUUUGCGAGCCGCACCAGCUCUCAAACGGGACGCGAUCCUGCCGUAACGUCAUCAUCAUCUCCGCAAUGUCCACCGCCUUCGCGCUGCUGGCCCGCGGGGGGUGGCGGAUCCGCGCCGCCUCCAGCGGGAGAAGCAGACCAGCAAGAAGAGGCUCGACAUUCGCGGCACCGCUGCUGUUCGGCGCCGCGAAGGCCGCAACGGCAGCGCGCGGCCGUCGCCUGCUGAACACAGUGCCGACGUGUCCGGAGCCGACGUGCGACUGCGCCGAGACGCCCGCGAUGCCGUUCGGCUCCGGCAUCGACCGGUCCGCCAACCUCAACGGGCUCAUGCCCGCCUACGCCCAGCAGGUGCUCAUCUGCACCGGCCGCGACGACUGGGCCUCGCGCAUCGAGGAGGACCACAGCGGCGACAACCUCGCCGCCGACCUCAAGGAGCUCAUCGGCCGCGGCGGCAUGUACAGCGACCCAUUCCACAACAUAUCCGUCCUCAACGCCUCCUUCCCGUCAGCCGUGUCGCGGCGCCCCGAGGUCCAGACCACGUCCGCGUACCUGCUGCCGAGCUUCACCUACGUGCCCUUCCUGCCGCGCGUCUCCUUCGACUCCGUCCAGGCCCUCGUCAAGGGCUACCUGCUGCCGGAGCGCCUGCACCCCAUGCACGACGGGCUGUCGCCCAUCCACCGCGACCGCCUGCGCCGCAGCGACGCCUACCGCGCCCUCCUCUACGGCGUCCGCGACGCGCCCGACGUCCUCGUCCUCGUCUGCGGCCACGGCACCCGCGACCGCCGCUGCGGCAUCUACGGCCCGCUCCUGCAGGCCGAGUUCGAGCGCCAGCUGCCGCGCGCCGGCAUCCGCGUGCUCCACGGCCCCGCCGUCGACGAGAGCGUCCCCGCUGCGGCGGUGGUGGUGGCGCCGCAGCAGCUGCCUGGCGGCAGCAGCGACGGCGUCGCGCAGGGGGAGGCGGCGCCGCCGCCCGCGGAUGGCCCCGCCGCGGUCGCGGCUGCCGAGCAGACGACGGCCAGGGUCGGCCAGAUCAGCCACAUCGGCGGGCACAAGUACGCGGGCAACGUGAUCAUCUACCUGCCGCCGCGGCUGCGCGGCAGCGACGGCGGCCCGCACCCGCUGGCCGGCCACGGCAUCUGGUACGGGCGCAUCGACCCGAAGCAUGUUGAGGGUGUCAUCGCCGAGACCAUCGUCAACGGCAACGUCAUCGCCGAGCACUUCCGGGGCGGGAUCAACCAGCAGGGGGAGAUACUUAGACUGUGAGAGAUUUGGAGGCACGACAAGCAUCUACGACGUAGGCAGGAUACUCUUGGAGAGAGGAGGAAGGGGCGCAAUUGGGCGACGAGUCAUCUUAUACUAUAGUAGAACACAAAUCCGCUCCAGUUCAGCUAAUUUAUGAAAAGAGGAGUGAUCUAAGGCAUAAAUGGGUAUGUUUAUUUCUCCAGGUAAGGAGGGCCCGAAAGGUGUACGGAAGCGCGCAAGAGACGGGAAACUCAGAUUCCCGGUUACACAACCGAACAGUUCUUAUUUCCGCGAAUAUGACCACCUCCUCUAUGACCCUUUCCGUGUUCACCCGGUAUAUUUAUAUUUUCCUC